GGGAAAUCUGAGUUUCGCGGGAGGGCCGUUCGCGCGUAAACUGUAUCCCUUCAUUCAUUGUCAGCUUCCUGGAGCCAUUUUUCAGCAGCAGAAACGGUAGCUCUAUUCAGGUUCAAAUCCAUUGCAUCUGCCCGUCUGCAUUCUCAAUAUAAUUUCAAAAUCAGGAAUAUCGGUACAGUAGACUCUGUUCUAUCAGAAUCAGUCAGUAUUUGUGAUCUCGCCCUAAAGGAUUUGGAUAAAAUCGGCUCCAAAGUAAAGGAGGGACAAAGGAAACUCGCUCCAAAUAAAGAUGAGAAAGGGAAUCCCAACAGCCCAGGAGAAAGUAAUAGUUACAGGGGUUGGGGGUUCGUCGAUGGACAGAAGUACUGUGAUAACCGGGUUUACUGAGAAUUUUACUUCUAAUUUCCCUGCCGGUACAUAUAUCCAGAUCCUAACCUCGCCGUCCUGUCUUACACAGACCGCAAAUGUCUGUGUAUCAGAUCAGUCAGCUGGCAGUUUGAUUUACUCCACUCCUCACGGACCAACAAACCGAACAGGACUUCGACCUGCUUUAGGACGCCCUCCGGCAAAGAGGCGUCUAGAACUGGACGAGAGUGACCAUCAAUAUCUGAGCGACGGUGCCAAGACCCCCAAGGGAAAGAGCAGAGCCACACCCAGAAACCUGAGCAGCCCCAAAAAUCCUGAUCCCUCAGAGAAGACUCGUUACGACACGUCGCUGGGCCUCCUCACAAAGAAGUUCAUUCAGCUGCUGGGCCAGUCUGCUGACGGUGUGGUCGACCUGAACCGAGCCGCUGAGGUCCUCAAGGUGCAGAAAAGGAGGAUUUACGACAUCACGAAUGUGCUGGAGGGCAUUCACCUCCUCAAGAAGAAAUCCAAAAACAACAUUCAGUGGAUGGGUUGCAAUCUGUCAGAUGACAACGGGACCCUAAAUCGGUGCCAGGACCUGAGCCAGGAGGUGGCUGAGCUGAGCCAAGAGGAGAAGAGGCUAGACGACUUGAUCCACAGCUGCAACCUGGACAUACGGCAACUGACUGAGGAGUCGCACAACCAAAAAUUUUCAUACAUCACAUACCAAGACAUCCGGAAGAUCCGAAGCCUCAGGGACCAGACGGUUAUCGCUGUGAAGGCCCCAUCGGAAACGAAGCUGGAAAUGCCGGACCCUUUAGAGAAGCUGCAAGUACAUUUAACCAGCACCAAAGGGCCCAUAGAAGUGCUUUUAUGCCCAGAUGAGAAUAUAACCAACAGUCCGAUUAAAAACUCCACCCUAGACGUGAAUGGAAAUGCUUCCCCUUCAAUAAAAAGCUCACAAGAAGGUGACCCCAGCAGCUCAAUGAAGGUGGAUUGCUCGGUGCCUGUUUCAAACUUAUCUCCUUAUACUUCUCCAAUGAAUCUUUUGCAACAAACAGAGGACCAGAUUUCCUCGGUGUUGGAGGGGCCGUUUGUAAACCUGUCUCCUCCACACAUGAAUGAGGACUACUUGCUGAGCCUUGGGGAUGAAGAAGGAAUCAGUGAUCUGUUUGAUGCUUAUGAUCUGGAUAAGCUACCCCCUUUGGAUGAGUUCUUGUGUAACUGAUUGGAGUAUUAUGACUGGACUAUGAUGGAAUCAGAAAGCUUCCAUCUAUCAAGAUGUACAUUUUUGUAGACACCUCAAUCCUUUUCCUUCCACAUGUGGCAGUAAUGCAGUUUGCCUUAACUGGCAGAUAUUUGGUGGUUGGGUGCAAGAUGACAAGAUUAACCAGCCUGGUAUCCUGGGAUUUGCUCUUUUAUCAAAUUGGCAUGCAUCUCCCGCAACCACCAAUAUUUUAAUAUUCUGAUCCUCCUUUGCAAUCUCUACCACCCCUAUUUACUUCAUAUCACAAUCCGAUGGGAUACGGUGUUGAGUGACGUGCAUCAGCUAAGUGCCUGAGUUCAGAGUGGUCUUCUGAACUGCUGCCUAGUGUUUUUAUAACCUGUGAGUGCACGAGGAGGUGGGGCUGGUCAAAACUAGAACAAACAUGGACAGCCAAACUGAACAGAUCCCAAAUAGUGCUGUGUUUUUGGGCUUCAUCAGAGCUUAAACUUGUACACUAGUGUCUGUUUUAGUGUUCUAAAAUAUUAAGGUUGCCUCCUGCAACCUUGGUAUAUUAACGUACGUAACAUUUUACUGUAACGUCAAUUUCCGACUCCGGGCAAGCUCAGUGUGUUUUGACGGUUAGACCUUUGGGAUAGAUCCAGCACCACAUAGAUCCUGGUGCUGCCAUUAGUCUGGCUUUUCAGUGCAACAAAGGUACAUGGAUUGGCCCCACACAAUUCUUUCACAGUAUUACGACAGGUGCAGAUUGUCCAGCUCUGAUAAAUCCCAAAGACUUUAAACAUUUAUUUAAAAGUACUGUAAGCACGUACAUUUUAAGUGAAGCUAAUUGUUUAUUUGUUUAUUUAGGAGACACCUUUAUCCAAGGCGACUUACAGAGACUAGGGUGUGUGAACUGUGCAUCAGCUACAGAGUCACUUACAAUUACGUCUCACCCGAAAAUUGUAUAAAAUGACUUCAGAAUUCUAACAGUAUAAUGCUAUGAGCCCAACGUCUUAAACAAAUCUAACUACUUGGACAGUUGUUUUUAUUAAGGAACUUGUAUUUAUGGGUGAAGACAUUUACCUUAAUAAGUAGGAAUCUUUUAUUUUCCUACAACAGAAUCACUGUGGGAACCCCUGUCUCUUGGGUAGAUAAUUUUCGGAAAGACAAAAGAUCAAGGUCCCCUAUAUUCUACUUUAGUUCUUCAGUAAGUAGUAAAAUUUGUUCAUUUGUUCUUGAUCCUGCUUCAUACUAGUUUGGAUCAGACUGACUUCAGAACACACAUUGGCGGCAUAGGCGCUUCACCAAAGAAAAUGGUACAGGCCAAUAUGCCUGGUGGUAUGUUUUGUGAAUAAACCUGUAAAUGGCCGCUGCUAAUUUUGUUCGUCUUUUUGGGGUUGCGACUCCCCUCCCCCAAAAAUUAAAAAAUCUUAAUGCAACAAUUCAAGACAAUGAAUAUUAGGUCAGAGGAAAAGCCACAAUAGUGGUGUUUUUUUUUUUUUUUUUUUUUUUUUUUUUUU